GAACAGAAAAGCCAUUACCACCAGCACCAUUCCACCAAUGUGAAGUGAAAAUCAGUGGAAAUAUUUAACAAAAUCGCUGGUCAAUGCUAGCGUAGGCUUAUGAAAUUUUAACGUUAGGAGUGUUGUAUUUUUAUAUUUUUAUAUACAUCUAAUCGAAUUGGAUUGAUCGUGAAAUAUUCAUUAGUGAUAAUUGAAAUUCGCUCGUUGAUAGUUUAAUCGAACCAAACAAAUUAUCAUGGCAUCUGGUGAACCGUCGUUUGUUGACUCUUUAUAUCCGAUAGCUGUAUUGAUUGACGAAUUGAAAAAUGAGGAUGUUCAGCUUCGUUUGAAUUCCGUUAAAAAACUAUCCACAAUCGCAUUAGCCCUUGGAGUAGAAAGAACUCGCAAUGAAUUAAUCGCUUUUUUAACGGAGACUCUUUAUGAUGAAGAUGAAGUGUUAUUGGCAUUGGCUGAGCAAUUGAGUACAUUCACACCACUAGUUGGCGGACCGGAAUAUGUUCAUUGUUUAUUGCCUCCUUUAGAAUCUCUAGCAACUGUAGAAGAAACCGUUGUUAGGGAUAAAGCGGUAGAAUCACUACGAAUUAUCGCAGAACAACAUAGCUCGGCAGAUUUGGAAAUCUAUUUUGUUCCACUCGUCCAUCGUUUAGCUUCAGGAGAUUGGUUCACUUCACGUACUUCAGCCUGCGGACUGUUCGCUGCAUGUUACGGUCGAGUGUCUCCUUCGGUUAAAGCGGAAUUGAGAAAUCAUUUCCGAAACUUGUGUCAAGAUGAUACGCCUAUGGUGCGUCGUGCAGCCGCUAAUAAAUUAGGAGAGUUCGCUAAUGUCGUUGAAUCGGAUUAUCUGAAAUCUGAAAUCAUUCCCAUGUUCGUGAAUUUGGCUCAAGAUGAACAAGAUUCGGUACGUCUAUUGGCCGUUGAAGCGUGUGUCAGUAUCGCUUCUUUAUUACAACAAGAAGAUGUUGAACAGCUCUUGAUGCCUACUUUACGUCAAUGUGUAUCCGAUAAUUCGUGGAGAGUUCGUUACAUGGUUGCUGACAAAUUCACCGAGCUCCAACUCGCUGUAGGGCCAGAAAUCACCAAAGCUGAUUUGGUCACAGCUUUCCAGUCUCUUCUUAAAGAUACUGAAGCUGAAGUUCGUGCCGCAGCUGCUAACAAAGUCAGAGAUUUCUGUCAAAAUUUGGAUCCCGUCCAUCGUGAAAAUAUCAUCAUGCAGAAUAUUCUCACGUACGUAAAAGAACUUGUCGCAGAUCCGAAUCAGCAUGUCAAAACUGCUCUUGCAUCUGUCAUUAUGGGAUUGUCGCCUAUUCUUGGAAAAACUAACACAAUCGAACAUCUACUUCCGCUAUUUCUAUCGCAACUGAAAGAUGAAUGCCCAGAAGUCAGAUUGAACAUCAUUUCAAACUUAGAUUGUGUAAAUGAAGUAAUCGGAAUCCAACAGCUUUCUCAGUCAUUAUUGCCGGCUAUUGUCGAACUAGCGGAAGAUUCAAAAUGGAGAGUGAGAUUAGCAAUUAUUGAAUACAUGCCAUUACUUGCAGGUCAGUUAGGCGUGGAAUUUUUCGAUGAAAAAUUGAAUACUCUGUGUAUGACUUGGCUCGUUGAUCAUGUAUACGCUAUUCGAGAAGCUGCAACUCUAAACUUGAAAAAAUUAGUAGAAAAAUUCGGAGCGGAAUGGGCUCAAAAUACUGUUAUACCCAAAGUGGUCGGAAUGUCUCGAAACCAAAAUUAUCUUCACCGAUUAACUUGUCUGUUCAGUAUUAAUGUACUAGCUGAAGUAUGUGGUGCUGACAUAACGACGAGACUUAUGUUACCAAUUGUUAUUUCAAUGUCCACGGAUACUGUUCCAAAUGUUCGAUUCAAUGUCGCAAAAACUCUACAAAAGAUCAGUCCAUUACUCGACCCCUCUGUUGUUCAAUCGCAAAUCAAGCCCACGCUUGAUAAACUGAAUUCGGACAGUGACGUGGAUGUUAAAUUCUUCGCAUCUGAAGCAAUCGCUAGCAUCGCCGCUUGAACGGUAUAAAUUUUAAGACACAAUUUAGAACAUGCUGUACAUUGCUAACAGUAUUCCAAACGUAUUUGUGCUUCAGUCGUGUAAGGAAUGUAUUUAUUUUAAAUUAGUUAUACUUUAUUUUUAUCUUAUACAUUGAUAAUUUAAGUUUAAUAAAAAUUUAUUAUCGUGUA